AUGGCAAAAUCCACAUCCACAUAUUGCUUUGUUUUAAUUUUUUUAAUCAUCUUUUCCCUCCAACCAUCAUCCGUAAACGCUGGUCCUCUCGCAUAUGCAGCAUGUCAAACAGCGUGUAAUCUUGGCUGGGUCUCUUGUUACGGAACCGCCGGAUUGGCAGCCGGUACUGUUACUGGAGGUCUUGGUGCCCCCCUUGCCGCUGUCGGAUGUAAUCUUGCUCAAGGUACUGUUACUGGGGGUCUUGCUACACCCCUUGCCGCUAUCACUUGUAAUCUUGCUCAAGGUGCUUGUAUGACGGGAUGUGUUGUUUUGUUAGCUGCUCCGACUCCCUAG